AAUCGUGUUUGUAGCCACUCGACAGAAACUGUUGAGCCCCCUUUCAAAAAGUUUUAUCAUUUGGUUUUCAAGAUAACGUCCGGCUUGUUAAGUUAAACAAACAGUUAGUGCUAUUUUUAUUUGCAAAUCAGGACUAAAACAGUUUUGUGACUUUAACUUACCGAUGCUAAUAGUAUUGAAGCUCAGUUUGUUUCGGAUUCGCCGUUAGCCCGUUGUCGCCGAGAUGAAUUCGUACCAUGUUUUGGAGUUGGUGGGAGAGGGUUCGUUUGGACGAGUUUAUAAAGGAAGAAAAAGAUUUACUGGCCAAGUGGUGGCUCUAAAGUUCAUGCCAAAAGUUGGUAGAUCUGAAAAGGAGCUCCGAAGUCUUAAAAGGGAAAUAGAGAUUAUGAGGGGUCUUCAACAUCCAAAUAUUGUCCAGCUCUAUGACAGCUUUGAGACUGAAACGGAAGUUGUGGUUGUAACAGAGUUUGCAGAGGGGCAGUUGUUCCAGAUUUUGGAGGAUGAUGGGAACUUGCCAGAGAGCCAGGUGCGUGAGAUUGCCUGCCAGCUGGUCUCAGCUCUGUAUUAUUUACACUCCCACCGCAUUCUUCAUCGCGACAUGAAACCACAAAAUAUCCUUAUAGGGAAAAGUGGUGUGGUGAAACUGUGUGACUUUGGGUUUGCCAGAGCCAUGAGUGUUUCCACCUUGGUCCUUACUUCCAUCAAAGGAACACCACUGUACAUGUCUCCAGAGCUGGUAGAGGAGAAGCCAUACGACCACACUGCUGAUCUCUGGUCUCUGGGCUGCAUUCUUUAUGAACUCCACACGGGGGCGCCUCCUUUCUAUACUAACUCCAUGUUUCACCUGGUGCAGCUCAUUGUGAGAGACCAAGUUAAAUGGCCAGACUCUAUGAGCGACACCUGCACGAGUUUCCUGAGGGGUUUGUUGACUAAAGACCCUCAAAAACGGUUAUCAUGGCCAGACCUCUUACACCAUCCUUUUGUUGCUGAUGGUGUUUUAGUGUUGUCGAACACAAAUGUCAGCCCUUUGACAGUCACGCCCAGCCCAGAUGUGAUGGCGCUGAAACUCAAGCAGGUGGCAGAAAAGUCUGUACCAAAUAUGUACCAAGAGAGCAGAUUACUACGAAAGGUCAGAGAGCAGAGGGAGAACAAAAGGAAUCCAGCAGGAAGUGACACUGCAAAAAAAAAGAAGGACGGAAAUGGAAGGGUCAGCUCUGCCAUGGCAACAGCAUCACCUAUGAAGUUUAUCUGCAAUAUUCCCUUCAGUGAUGUUUCUGAUGCUCCUGGUCCAUCGGUUGUGACAGCUGCCAAUGAAAGCGUUUACCAGAAGAUUCAAGCUUGCACGAAACCAAAGCAAAGGGGUCAGAUCAGCAUGGACUAUGAGCAGGAAUUUCCCUCAGUAGAGGUUGGACCGCGACUAGUGCUGAGAUGCAGCAAAGAGAGUCUGGUCACACUGCACAGGCAGGAUGUUGAAACAGAGGUGUAUUGGAAGAAUCUGGUCCAGGAAUCAGCCUCAAUCAGGCUUUUAAAAGAACUAAACUACAGAGACAUUAUACCUCAAAUUAAAUCCAAGAUCGCAGCAUUUCAAGCUCAGCUUGCAGGAGGCAUUGUUAAAGAUCUGCAACAGAUCCAUCAACCACUAAAGGUCGUGCAUAACCUGAUACUGACUCCUGACCUCGAUAUGCUCGACCACAUUGGCUAUGAACUACAGCUACCACGACUCCUCUUUGACCUUAUUCGUGAUUCUGUUGGAAGCCCAGGCUUCACCAAGCACCAGUGGAGUAUCCCAGUUCUUGGAGAAAUGAUUACAGUGCUCUUGAUCUACUGGGGGAGGCAUUGUGACUGGGUGGAAGAAGAGCCUAGUCUGCAAGAGUUCACCAAGCCUUUCAACACAAUUCUUAGCCAACCAAAUCUGAUUGCGCUGGCACCACUAGCUGCCUCUGUUUUGUCUCUCUUCACACAACAUAUUGAUGUUGUUGUUGAUCUGGAGAAUAUAACUUCAUUGCUGAAAACUCUUCUUUUGGACUCAUGUGAGCUGCAAAUUUCACCACCAUCAGGAUGGGGGCUCUAUGAUGGCCUCCUUUCUUUACUUCUACACACACUCUAUGAGCAGCAUGAAAAUGCCCCAGUACCUUCUUGUUUGGAUUCAGUUAUGUUUGUGAAUCUGUGGAAAACAAUCAGUACUUCACUAGCAAGUGGAACAACAAACUUGGACGUUUGUUCAGCAAAUGGUUUGCACUCCUUUCUGUCUGUUGUGCUGUUUGUCUUCACCAAGGACCCAUACUCGUGCAUUCCUCUGUUUUCUGACAGUGAAUCAAAAUGCGUACACACAUUGGGCCAGCUCCUGGGCGAUGACGGUUUGGAUUUAUUUACCAAAGACACUCCUUGGGGACCUGCAGUGGAGCUGACUCGUGACAGCCUCUCUUCACUGAUCUGCCUCUUACUGUGUUUUCCAUUUGCCCUGGACCUUCCUUCCCACACCUUGUCCACCGUUUUGCAGUUGUAUGACAGCUUCGGUAUUGUUUCAAGUCUCCUUCAGGUCAUUCAAACUCUCCCUUCUUCACUGCUAGAGCUGCCUCUCUCCCUGCUAAGCCGUUUGCUCUUGUGUGAUUGCGAGCGCUCUGUUUCCCAACUCAAAAAAGCUGCUGCUGGCUUUUUUUCAUCACCUCUGGACAUCCAACCCACCACCACAACACAUCAGACUCCUUUAGCCAGAACUGCCAGCUCUCUCCUGUCAGACUUGCUGCAACAGGAUGUACUGUGGGACUCCGCUGUAGAGCUCCUUACUCUGUUAUCCCAAGUAGCUCGCUGCAACCAUCAGCCUGACUGCCCUCAGCUGUAUGUGCAAGCCUCAGUGCUGCAGCAGGCUCUGACUCACUCAUUUGACCGGAUCAAGGCUGCCACCUGCAGACUUCUGGGAAAUUUAGAUCCAUUUAGGCCUCCAACAUCAGACACCCUGCUGCUUGACUUAUUCAAGGGCAUGAUAGACUGUCUUUGUGAUUCUAGCAUGCCAGUUCGGCGGGUGGCUUGCAGGGCAGUUGGGAACUGGCUGGGCUAUAUUGCAGUGGAAGCAGGGUUUAAAACAGGAAUGUCUGAUGGGAAUGGCACAGACACUACGGGGUCAGACAAAGAGAAUGAACAAAAUAAACAUCUGAGGUCGCGUAUUGAGACAGGAAGUAGUUUGGCAACAAUAGAAGAGCAGAAGGUUGAUGAUGAAGAGUGGAGCAAAUGGAUGGAAGAAGCCAGCAGGUCAGUGUCCAUGCUGGCAGUUCUGCUCACCGACCCUGAUGCCCUCACACGGCGUCACUGUUGUGCUGCCCUGGGAAACCUGGUGAAGGUCGAUGGUGCUGUGUCCUUGUUGUUGGAGGAAGACGUGUCCAGCUUACUUCUGCAAGCCGCAUGCACAGAUCCCCACAAUGCAGUGAGACAAGCAGCCAUUGCAACUCUGAGCUUAUACAGAGAGCAGGAUGCUAUAUGUCAGGUUCGGAUUUCCCAUGAUGCCACGCUUUUUCAAGCUUCACAACAUGUCCUUCCAUGAUCUGUCUAUUAACAGGUUAUUGGACAGGUUGAAGUAUCUCCAGUUCACCUGAAUGAAAGAAGAAUCUCUCAUGUGGUCUAAACCUAGUGUCAUGAAACAACAUGAUUAUAUCUCCUGUUCAUUUAUUUAUCUUUCUUAAAGAAAAAAAAAAUCUUGAAAAUUUCCUUGGUCUUACAUUUAGACACCAACCGUU